AUGUUCCGGGGCCAUGAUGGCCACAAAGGUACAGCGAAGUUGGACCCGGGCUUCUCUGGAAGGUCCCGCUGCGGGGCCCUUUUCUUCUGGGGGGGGAGUGUGACGGCCAAGGCCGCCUUUAUUGUGGAGAGACUGCUCCUCUGGUUUGUGCUUCCAGGAAAGAGUCUUGCCACACCCAGUCAGACAGAAGACAGUGAGACCACAGUGCCAUAUGUAAACCAUCAUGAUGCAGUACCACAGCAGGACACCAUGGCAUCUCCAGAAGCCUCUAAUAUUACACUGCCACAAGCCUCCAAAUGCGGAAUCAUGCCUCCAAAACCAAAGAAAGAUGAACAAGACCGCAAAGAAGUAGCUAAUGUCACCGCAUUCACAGCCGUGCUAACAGCUAAGCUUCCGGAGACCAAAAGUGAACUGCUAGCUGAGAUCAAAGACACCUACACGAGGUACGAGGCAAGGCUCAUCAGUUUCCAAAACUCCGUUGAAGACCACGACCAACGUAUUGCCAGUCUGGAGCAAUUUACAAACUCCACCAGUGAUGAGCUAACUGACAUGCGGGCUGAGCUAGCAGCGGUAGCUGCGGAACAAAUAGAAAGCCAGACUAGACUAACGGAGUUCUUUUCCCAACGACUAUGUGAUGUGAUGUGGUUGGUGCGGACAUUUUGUCUUCACCCCCGAGGCUGGACAGGGCCCACCGCGCGCAGCCUGCUAGGCUACCAUCCACGGCUACGGGGAGAGCUGAAAUAUAAAGAUACACCUAUCCACGUCUUUGAAGACUACGCCCUGGAGUUUUUGGAACAACGCACUCAAUACCCAGACAAGCCCGAACUGAUGUACCCUGCUAAGCUAACUGUUGUGCUACGCGACGAAUCAAGAAAACAUCUGCCCUCCGUAGAGGAAGCUGCGGACCUUGCAUCUCGUCAACGUCGACAGAAUGAACCAGAGCUUGGCCUCUCAAAUCCAUCCGCCCUGACAUCAUUGUUCAAAAACUGUAUGUUUGAACCGUCCCAAGAUUUAGCAUAUAAAAUCUGGCAUGAUAGUGGUAUCAAGUCAAUAGUAGAUCUCUAUUCUGAAAACAUCUAUUCUGAUGUUCGUGACUAUGUUAAGAAGUUGUUCCCUUACUUUCCGAAUCGCCCUCCAGAAACCUUAUUAGACUCUCUUCUCGUAAUUGAUCCUAAUCUUAGAGGAUGUAUUUCGAUACUCUAUAAGCUUAUUUGGUCAGAAACCUCAACACCCGCAAACACA